AUGCAGAAGUCUGAGUCAUUAGGUUCACUUAAUUUACCAACACAUUCAGAAAAUUUAAUAUUAACAUCAACAUUUAAUCCAGCAUCUAAACCUAGUUCUUUUUCAAAAUUGACACGGCGUAUGAAUAUUAUUCCUACACCGAACAAACCAGAUAAAUUAUUAGUAUCUACUAAAACUCAAUCCUGUAGUAAUGAGGAUAGCUCAUUAAUGAAUACUGUUAUAUCUACCGAGAAGAAUGCUGGUUUAGAAGAUGAUCAUGUUUUAUGUGAUAAUCGACAAGGUACUUCAGCAAUAACGAAUUUAAUUCAUAAUCAAUCUCAUCCGAAAGAUCAUACAAGUGAUGAAGAGGGAGAUGAUAAUCUAUUUGAUACAUUUAUUUGUGAGAACUUUAUUCCUUUUUCGGGAGCAGAACCGAUCGAUCAAUGGUUAGAUGAGACUGAUGCUUUAUUUCAUCGCUUCAAGAUCUCACGUAAACUUCGUUUUCAAGCAAUACCUCUUUUAGUACAGGGCGAUGCGAAGCGUAAAUAUAUCAAAAACCGUCACGUCAUAAAAUCUUUUGAUGAUUUUUAUGAAUUUUUACUAACACAUUUCGAUUCAAGUCCAGUAACAGUCAGUAAUUCUAAAUCUAGUCAAGCUAAUCAUCAAGUUGAAUUUGCGAAAGAUUCUGUGUACAUCAGUAACAUAACUACAGAUUCACAAGUAAAUGUCGCGAAUACAACAGGUGCUACCCAGUUGUUACAAUCAUCUGUUUCUUCUUAUAGUAAGCUUGCUACUGAUGAUACCACCACAACGAGUGGUGAUGUGUCAGACUCUAAGUUAUCUGGAAAUACUUCAACAAUUAAUCGUUUACCAUCAGAUCCAGUAAUAACAGAUUUACGCAAAGCCAUCGUAACAGAUUUUAUACGAAAUCCAAAGAUUUUUCGUGCGACUUCUCGCUCAGCUAAUGCAGUUUUUACAUCGACUUUACCGCCUAAUAAUGAUGAUAAUCUUGACUCUCUUUCAACAGUAGUUUGUCAUCUCUGUAAUUAUAUGGGACAUGACGCUUCGUCAUGCCCAAAUUUUCAAUAA